AUGGUCGGCUUAUCGCGAAAGAAAGCAACAGUAGAACCAGUGAUCCAAGCUACUGAAAGUGAUUUACGAAAAUCGAUCGAUGUCGUUUUAUAUGAAAUUAUGAAAGAUGACAAAGGAGUGAAUAUAUCACCAUCCCGUCAUUUGAGUAUUUACAAAUCUUUACCAGUGCUAGGAGUAGAUCUUAACGCAGACUCUCCAGGAAUAUUACGUUCUGAUGACGACUGUAUGAUGACACAACAACUUAAUCAUGUGGCGGAGACUCCAAAAGUGGUAAAAGCAGUCAGUAGAAAGAAAAUACAUCAAGCUAGUUCGACGGCUGUUAGACUACUAGAUUCUAACUCGGGCACAGCAACAUUAACACCUGAAAUGGAAGCAGAUUUGGAGAUCUUGAAGAUGAGGCAUGUUUUGGAUCCUAAAAGACACUAUAAAACGGUUCUUCGAAAUCCACCGAAAUUAUUUCAGAUGGCAAGAAUUGUUAAAACACCGAAAGGAUUAUUUUCUUCUCAAUUUCGGAAAAGUGAUAGAAUGUCUGUGGAGGACUUUCUGGUUGAUACUAAAUUUAGAAAAUACUGUACAAAGAAAUUUAUGGAAAUCCAACAUUUAAGAAGACGCCAUAAAAAAAAGAAUAUGCGCCGUUUCGGAAAAGUCUAA